AGUGCUGCGCGGCUCUACCUAGCUGCUACCAUCAUACUAGCGAUGCUGGUUGAUGCACAUGCGUACGUCGUAGGUGGCGUGGUGUUACCACAUGGCGCACUCCUGCUCGAACCGCGCAACUCCAACCUCACGGACGCAUCCGGCUUGGACGUCGCAUUCGCGCUGCAUUAUGCGGCGCUAGAAACGGGGAGGUUCUUGCGCGACCUAGAACCGGAGCUGCUUGUGGUUGUCACCCCGCAUGGCCUAGCCGUGCCGCAGCAAUUCCUGCUCUACAACGACCCCCGCGCAGAGGGCGGCGUGUCGUUUGAGGAGUGGAACCUGCCAUGCACCCACGCGCCCUGUAGCUACAGCGCCGGAAUGAAUCUGGAUGUGCACGUCACGGAGAAGCUAACGGCAGCUCUCAUGGCCGCCGGCGCCAGCGUGACUAGCAUCUCAGGCUUUGGGCCCCCAGGCGCGGGUGACCGACCACUCCCGUUGGGCUGGGCCGAAGUCAUACCGGCCUACUUCAUCCAACGGGCAUACAACGAGUCAAAUGCGGGGCCGGCAGCAGGUUCAGCAGCAGUAUCUGAGGCGACAUCACGCCCGCAGAGUCUCAGCGGCAGCACACAGGGGAGCGGGGGGCUAGAGGCAGGGCAGGCGCAGGCACAAGCGCAGAGGCAGGGCCAGGGGCAGGCUCACAAGCAAGUGCGCCCUGAUCGCAGCUUGGCUCGCAGGCGCCUGGUCGCCAGCAGUCAGUCCACACAUGGCACACACGCCGCUGCUGCCUCCGAAAGCAGCGCCCGACCUACAAGCAUAUACGCGGGCAGCGCGGAAGCGACGGAAUCAGCCAACGGCGAGGCGGCAGCUGCGGCGGCGGCAGACGCGCGCUCCGCGGCGCCGCGGCUGCCGCGGGCGGUCUUGUUGGGCCUGCCUUCCCGGCGCUACGAUCGCAGUGUGUCCAUGGUUCCCGAGCUGUUGGCUCUGGGCCGGCACCUGUUCACAUACCUGGACCCACUGGACCUCCGGGUGGCAGUCGUGGUUAGCGGGGACCUGGCUCACACCUGGUCAGCCGACGGCCCCUACGGCUUCAGCGAGCACGCCGCCAAGUUCGACGCCGCCGUGCAGGACUGGGCGCGGCAGCUGGACAGGGACGCGCUGAUCAAGGUUGCUGCCAAGCAUGUGGGUGAGGCUAAGUCCUGUGGCUUCCCCGGCCUGGUGGCGCUGCAGGGCGUCAUUGACAGCGUCAAACCGGACAACCUACACAGCGUGCUGCUGGAGUAUGGGCACCCCUUGUACUAUGGCAUGAUGUGCGCCCUGUUCGACUUCCAAGGUGAUGCCUGAUCAACCAGUGCCUUCAGAGGGGUACCAGCAUGACAUUACCCCCGCGCGGCGUCGCAUUGCAUGUGAGGCCCAGGCCUGGAAUUAAGAAGGCCCAAGCCUGGCGACUUACAGUUACAAGCAGGAUGCGAAGCAUGGGAAGUGCUGUUCACGCCCGUGGUUCUGCUCAUACCACCCUGCGCGGGGAGGAAGAGGUAACGCGGGCGUGGGGACCAGAACCCUAAUAAGUGAGAUCGGCCAGGUCACGUGGAAUGGAUUUUAAAGCGCGAACUCUAAGUUGUAUGAUCUUAGCUGGUGGUUCACGAGCGCAUAGAACCAGCAAGCUGUACUAAGGCGUAAUUUCGGCGGGGGUCGGAACCCGAGGAUUCGUCAGCUUUCCAAACGGCGGCGUGCAUGGCUACCUCUGUAAUUCUAGAGGCUU